ACUGCGCUGUCAAUGUAAACAAACCCAAAAGAAAGAAGAAGAGACGCCACUCAAUGUACAAUAAAUAUUUUCCUACAAAAAGCUUUGCAUACUGAUUGAUAGCAGGGACUGUUAUUAGUCAAAAAUGGGUGGGUUCUUCUCCAGUCUUUUUUCUGGCCUGUUUGGCACCAGGGAAAUGAGGAUACUGAUCCUGGGGUUGGAUGGAGCUGGGAAAACCACAAUCCUUUACAGACUUCAAGUUGGGGAGGUUGUCACCACUAUUCCCACCAUUGGUUUCAACGUGGAAACGGUGACAUACAAGAAUCUGAAGUUCCAGGUGUGGGAUCUUGGAGGGCAGACCAGUAUUAGGCCUUACUGGCGCUGCUACUACUCCAACACUGAUGCUGUUAUCUAUGUAGUGGACAGCAGUGACAGGGACAGGAUGGGAAUCUCCAAGUCUGAACUGGUGGCUAUGCUUGAGGAGGAGGAGCUGAAGAAGGCUAUACUGGUGGUGUUUGCCAACAAGCAAGACAUGGAGCAGGCCAUGACUCCCACUGAGGUCGCCAAUUCCCUGGGCCUGCCAGCACUCAAAGACAGAAAGUGGCAGAUCUUCAAGACCUCCGCCACCAAGGGAACAGGGUUGGAUGAGGCCAUGGAAUGGCUGGUGGAGUCUCUCAAGAGCGGACAGUAACCUCAAACAUGCAAAUAAAUGUGACUUCCCGCCGCAUAUUUAUGCUAAAUUCAUUGUUAGAAUCUUCGUAGGAGCAUUGUUAAAUCUCUGUUUCCCAAAACCAUCGUUACUAAAGUUGCACUUGAACACACUCAUUAUUUACCGACUGCCUCACCACUCGUAGAACAGUUAAGUGCAUCGUUAUGUUUUUGACCUUCUGUGUCACUUUAUUUACAGAAGAUCUCUGCUAAACAUAGAAUCAAGAUGUUCAUCUCUCUGAUUAUGACUGCCGAUAACUUCAGAACAAAGUUGACUACAAAUACAAAGUUGCUAAAGUCUUUGCAAUUGUUACAAGCAAGUAAGUGAAGGAUAAAAAUAUGCUUCAAAUUAAAACCGAGAUAACUGCAUUAAAAGAUAAAUAGGCUACAUGGGUCUAUAUAUUUCAACCUAAUUGAAAUCAAUGUCAUGUUCAAUCAAUUUAAUUCUAUUUUGCCAAUUAUUGUCUGUAUCUGUAAUUUUUUCCUCAAUAUAUUUUGAUGUGUAACAACAUGUGCGCAA